AUGGGCAAGUUAACAAGCACCAUCGGCAUUCCCAUCAAGCUGCUCAAUGAAGCACAGGGUCAUGUCGUCACUCUCGAAAUCACAUCUGGUCAAGUUUACAGAGGAAAGCUCCUUGAAGCCGAAGAUAACAUGAACGUCCAACUCAAGGAUAUCACGGUCACAGCUCGCGAUGGCCGCGUGUCGCAUCUUGAUCAGGUCUAUAUUCGUGGAAGUCAUGUCAGAUUCUUUAUUGUACCAGACAUGUUACGGAAUGCGCCCAUGUUUAGAACACGAGGCCAGCGCGGAAGAGGCGUUGGUUUGGCUCGAGGCAGAGCGACGGUGAACAGGGCUCGUGGCCAACGUCGUGGUUAA